CCGAUGAGACAGAUGUUGCAAGAGUCACUAGGACCAGAGCGGUGCUGGAACAAAAGUCCAGCAGCUGAGCGCAAACAAACAGAGUCUUUCAGAGCCAAUGAGAGCAUUUGGAACCGACAGCUGCAAGAAUCCAAAUGGCACUUGUUUGUUUGUCUUCGCUCCCCUGCCGGUACAGGGUCCUCCCUCAGGGUAUGGGAUAGAAAUGUGACACAGGCUCCUGAAGAUACCUUUUUAAUGGAUGUGUGAUGUGUUUUUUUUCACCAUAGGGAAGAGACAUUGUUUGUUUUUUUUGUGAGUUUCACUCACUGCACCUUUAAGUGGAUUUUGUACUAUGUUUCCCUGCAGAUUGCUAAAUCCGACGAUAAGAAGAUUGUAAAAGUGUUCGGUCACUUUUUCUAGGAGGAGAGUGGCAUUUGCUGGGACCAAAAGGAAGCGGAUGACUUGGUUGUUCAAUUAAGACUUAAAAAGGAAUGUUCCCUAAAACAAGUAUUUCUUAAUUCAUUCUUUCUGAUAUUCAUUCUUCAUUUGACCCAGAAAAUGGCCUGGAAAUUCAACACAACAAUGACUUUACUCAGCUUCCUGUUAGUCUGUGUGUCUACUGUACUGGCAGGUGGCGAUGAGGUGCCCCCGUCUGAGUGUGUGGAGUUCAACAACCUCACCUGGCAGGAGUACAGGCAAGGGGCCAAGUUGCAGGUGCAGUACCUGCUGCUCACGCGCAGGAAUGCCGACUGCGCCAGCCUCUUCACACACGACUCCCUGAACGAAACACACUCCAGCACACACUUCAACGCCUCCCUCCCCACUAAAAUCAUCAUCCACGGCUUCAGGGCUCUGGGCAGUAAGCCUUCCUGGGUGAGAGGUCUGGCGCAGGCCCUGCUCAGGGCAGAGGACGUGAACGUCCUGGUGGUGGACUGGGUGUACACCGCCUCCUUCGCCUACAACCGGGUUGUGGAGAACUACAAGGAGGUUGCCAUAGAGAUAUCAGUUAUCAUUAACCAUCUCAGGAACCAUGGGAGUACACUGGAAUCGUUCCACUUCAUCGGGGUGAGCCUGGGAGCCCACGUGGCAGGAUUCGUAGGAACACUAUUCGAUGGAAAGCUGGGGAGGAUUACAGGUCUGGACCCAGCUGGGCCUAUGUUUAAAGGGAACGAUGUGUACGACCGGCUGGACCCCUCUGAUGCUCUGUUUGUUGAGGCCAUCCACACCGACUCGGACUAUUUCGGUAUCUCCAUCCCCGUUGGGCAUGUUGACUUCUUCCUAAAUGGGGGUAUGGACCAGACAGGAUGUGCUCGCUCAAGGUUCGCAUCAAUGUAUGGCUAUGUGAUAUGUGACCACAUGAGGGCGCUGCACGUCUACAUAAGCGCACUGAACGGCACAUGCUCCCUGAUGGGUUUCCCGUGCUCCAGUUACGAUGACUUCCUAGCGGGAAACUGCUUUGAUUGCCAGGGUACUUUUGAUGGGACCUGUCCUCGCAUCGGCUUGCUGAAGAACAGUGGGUUGACCAAACACCCUCUCCCCAUUCAGCAGAAGGUCUACCUCCUGACCACCUCCACUCCUCCAUUUUGCGCCCAUCACAUUCUGGUGGAGGUGGAGGUGUCGCCUCUGGACAAGAGUGCUGAGCUGGAGGUGACCUUGAGGACCGUGGGAGGGCCAGAGACAAAGAACGCCUUCAAGCUCCACACUAAGGAGAAUGUGUAUAAGCGGGUGUUUGGCCACCCUGAGGUUCUGUGCAAGAUCGACUCCCUCGGGCUGAAGAGCACGGGAGCUCGUCUCUUCAGACAGGGGGACAUGCACAUCACGUCUGUGUGCCUCUCACAGUUCCCCCGCCACAGGGACAAAAAGCCAUUGUGCGUGACAAAUAUCAACCUGGACAGAGGAGUCUUAUGGACACAUGAGUUUGUGCAGCUGUGUGAGAGUUAGGCAUCAAAGACCACCACACUUACACAUUAUUCAUAGGGAUAUACAUACACACACACAGUAGUGUUAUAAUCACACACAGUAGUAGUAUUAGAAACACCCAGACACACACACACACAUUCAUGAGAACACACACACAUUCAUGAGAAUGAGAACACACACACACACAUAAUAAGACACCUGCUGGAACUUUUGCAACUCAUAUCCUGUUGCAGUCAUAAACAAAUUGAGGUAUAAUUCACUGAGCGUGGCAUUCACAUCGUAAAACAUAUCUUCAUCUACAAAUAGCACCCAGCAUCGCUUUGAACUUAACACACAUUUACAAGGAACUCGCUCACAUAUGCACAUACACACACAUACCCAACACACACAAAACACGCUGUAAUGCUGAGUUGCACACACACGCUUGAUGGAACUGUCUCAACCACAGCCACAGUGCUAGACAGGACAGGGUGUUCUGAGCUGUACCCACAAGAUUUAAUUUCCUCACAGACAGAGCUGCUGUUAUUGUCAUUGGUUUUUACAAAGAAAAAUAGAGUAGCAUGCUGCUAACGCUAGCUCAAACUAUUCUAGUUCUUCCCUAUGCUACUCCAUGUGUUUCAAUGUAUUUUUGCGUAGUGUCUGUGAGAGUGCAUCACGCAGUGUUUUAUAUACAUCCUCAUUUGGAGUGAGUAAUGAACAGAGCUUUAAAGAGCAGUUUUUCUUAUAUUUGAAUAUUUGAACACGGAAGGCUUGAAGUAGGAGGCUCAGAUGAUGCAUUUUCAAAAAGAGCUUUAUUGAGACGGCGAUUUGGCCCCCAGAAAAAAAAAUACAUUUUUAUAUUGUGUCCAUAUGCAGGCAGUCCCAUCCUUUUGGGAAAAGAAAAGCAAAACCACACUUAUUCACAUUUUGCCACAGCACUGUUUGCCUUUAGUUUCUAUACGGUGUCUGUUUGAACAUCCUGAAAUACCCAAAGGCAUUAACUGUCUAACAUUUGGAACCAUGGAAACCCAGACCAUUGUAAAAACCAAACGUGUUUAUCAAGUGAUUCACAGUCCCUUAAUUCCAUAAUAUGUUCAGAAAAAAACUUACAUCACACAAAACCCCUUCCCAUUCCCUUUUAUUCAUUCAAACAUAAAACACGUGACCAUAGAAAUGUGGAAUCAUAUGCAUUAACACAACAUCUAAAGACGAAAGAGAGAAAAAAACUCAGCACACAAGAUGUCUCUGUGACGUGAGGGAGACGGAGUGGAAGUUUGUGACGUGAGGGAGACGGAGUGGAAGUUUGUGACGUGAGGGAGACGGAGUGGAAGUUUGUGACGGCUCUUCAUUCCUCAUGAGAGUAAACCCUGUACCACA